CCUUCCCUGGAGAAGACCCUGGGAAUGACAGCCCAUCCCAGGACACCCUCACCAAGAACAGCAAAGGGCACCACAACAUCUCCAAGGAUUCCCAGUGGCAGGACCGAGCCCUCGUCAAUGGGGACGUCAUUGGCAGUGACAUUUGUGUGAGCUGGAGCCGGGCGAAAGGGGUGGCUGGAAAGGGCGUGGGGGAGGGGCUGCUACCGGGGUGCAGGCGAGGAGGGAGGUGGCGGGCCGAGGCGCGGACGGCGGGCUGGGGGACGGAGGUGCUGCGGGAGCGGACGAGCGAGGAGCGCUGCCAGGGUGCAGGAAGCCAGAGCGCGAGGGAGGGAGAUGGGGAGCGGGAUGCCGAUUUCGGCUGGGGCUGCAGCGAGGUCCGCCAGAUCUACGGGGCCAAGGGCUUCAGCCUGAGCGAUGUGCCCCAGGCGGAGAUCUCGGGUGAGCACCUGCGGAUCUGCCCCCAGGGCUACACCUGCUGCACCAGUGAGAUGGAGGAGAACCUGGCCAACCGCAGUCGUGCAGAGCUGGAGACCGCACUCCGCGACAGCAGCCGUGCUCUGCAGGCCAUGCUGGCUACCCAGCUGCGUGGCUUUGAUGACCACUUCCAGCACCUGCUGAACGACUCUGAGCGGGCGCUGCAGGAUGCCUUCCCCGGAGCCUUUGGAGAGCUGUACACGCAGAACACCAGGGCCUUCCGGGACCUGUACACAGAGCUGCGCCUCUACUACCGGGGCGCCAACCUGCACCUGGAGGAGACGCUGGCCGAGUUCUGGGCCCGCCUGCUCGAACGUCUCUUCAAGCAGCUGCACCCCCAGCUGCUUCUACCUGACGACUACCUGGACUGCCUGGGCAAGCAGGCAGAGGCACUGCGGCCCUUUGGGGAGGCCCCGCGGGAGCUGCGCCUGCGGGCCACCCGUGCCUUCGUGGCCGCACGCUCCUUUGUGCAGGGCCUAGGAGUGGCCAGCGAUGUGGUCCGGAAGGUGGCCCAGGUGCCCCUGGGCCCAGAGUGCUCACGGGCUGUUAUGAAGCUGGUCUACUGUGCCCACUGCCUGGGGGUCCCUGGCGCCCGGCCCUGCCCCGACUAUUGCCGAAACGUGCUCAAGGGCUGCCUCGCCAACCAGGCCGACCUGGAUGCUGAGUGGAGGAACCUCCUGGACUCCAUGGUGCUCAUCACCGACAAGUUCUGGGGUGCAUCAGGUGUGGAGAGUGUCAUCGGCAGCGUGCACACGUGGCUGGCAGAGGCCAUCAAUGCCCUCCAGGACAACAGGGACACACUCACAGCCAAGGUCAUCCAGGGCUGUGGGAAUCCCAAGGUCAACCCUCAAGGCUCUGGACCUGAGGAGAAGCGGCGUCGGGGCAAGCUGACACUGCAGGAGAGGCCACCCACAGGCACGCUGGAGAAGCUGGUGUCUGAGGCCAAGGCCCAGCUCCGUGACGUCCAGGACUUCUGGAUCAGCCUUCCAGGGACGCUGUGUAGUGAGAAGAUGGCCCUAAGCACCGCCAGUGAUGACCGUUGCUGGAAUGGGAUGGCCAGGGGCCGGUACCUCCCUGAAGUAAUGGGCGAUGGCCUGGCCAACCAGAUCAACAACCCUGAGGUGGAGGUAGACAUCACCAAGCCAGACAUGACCAUCCGGCAGCAGAUCAUGCAACUGAAGAUCAUGACCAACCGGCUGCGCAGUGCCUACAAUGGCAACGAUGUGGACUUCCAGGAUGCCAGCGACGACGGUAGUGGUUCAGGCAGCGGCGAUGGCUGCCCAGAUGACCUCUGUGGCCGGAGGGUCAGCAAGAAGAGCUCCAGCUCUCGGACACCCUUGACUCACGCCCUCCCCGGUCUGUCUGAACGGGAGGGGCAGAAGACUUCAGCCGCCAGCCACCCCCAGCUCUGCACCAUCCUUCUGCCGCUCCUUCUCACCCCAGCCCUCGCAGUCAUCAGGCCCCGGUGGCGGUAACUGCCCCGUUCCCCAGGGACUGAGGCUGAGGACUAUCUUUGCCAAAACACAAAACAGAUGAUAUUUAAUGCCCUUUGGCCUAGAGAGGCCAGGGGCGGGACAGGGAGAGACAACAGCAGUGUGUGGGGCAGGGUGUGCCGGGUUCCUGGCCCCCAGGCCUAGCCUCACCUGCCUUCCUGGCUUUUAAUUUUGUAUGAGGUCCUCAGGUCAGCUGGGAGCCAGUGUCCCCAAAAGCCAUGUAUUUCAGGGACCUCAGGGGCUGUCCACCUCCUAUCCCCAAGCCCCCUGCACCACUGCAGAAGCAGCCCCCACCAAGGUCUGCGGAGGAGGCACUGUUAGAAAUGUCCUGCUGGAGACUGUGAGCGAGCCUGUGCCUUCCUCUCCUGCCUCCUCCUGCUGGGGACUCGCCACAGACCCAACCAGCUGGGACCUCGGAAAGCGAGGCUUACCCCUCAGUCCCCCUGAAGCCCUGCAAGGGCCAUUGGGGUGUCCACCGUCCAGGGUCUUGCGGAGCCUUUGAGAUUAUGCAUGACACCUUCCAACUCAGCAAGGGCUCCAAAGCCAGGGCCCCAACCCUCCCUUUGCCACUGAGGGGCCCCCACAUUGGGUGAGAGCCUAUCUGCAAGAUUGGCCCUGAGAAGACACCGUUGCUGAUAGUGCAUCUAGACUUUGUCCUCCAAAAAGCCUGCUGUGAGGGCUCCCUCGAUGCACAGCCAAGGGGCAAUUGACCACACCUGCGCUCUCACUAUCGUGCUUUUGUUGUUGAUACUGUCCCCAACCCCAGGGAAGCAGUGUGGGCCCUCUACAGAUGUGGCCUGUCCCUUUGCAUAUGGGGCUCAUAGAGCAAGCCUUGCUUGGAUACAGGCCUGCAUGAAAACCCCCAAAUGCUGAAGUGCAGCCUGGACCCUCCUGCCUCCACCCCACCCAGACCAGGAGCCAGGUUCCAGCUCCAGGUGAUACAGGCCAGGGCUUGAGUGACCCAUGGCUAUCACCUGGCUACAGGGGUGCUGGAUGGCUGGUAAGGCCUGGCACUGCAGACAGGGAUGCCUGGGUCCCUUCCUGACCCUGGCCAGCUGCAGGGGGCAGGGGAGGGGGAUGUUGACAGUUAAGGGCUUUUCCAGGCGUACAUACAUUUACUGACACUUCUUGUUCACUGAGAGAUACUAUCUCAACUCCUCCCAAAUAGCUUUGGAGGGACCCGGGCCCACCUUGGACCCUGGCAAACUGCUGUGGCCCAGGAUGUGCGUGCUCCCUGCUCAUUAAGACUGUCAAGGCCUCUCCCCCAGGCCUGGGCAGGCGCUCCCUCCUCUGCCCUAGCUGCCUCAAGGCCCUGGGAAGGGGAUGGCAUCCUACUAGGAAGGGGUCCUAAGAGGGAGAGGAGGACACCAAGGGUCUGGGGAAUGCUGAGCCCCCUUAGCUGGGGACAGCUGUCCUGGCCCACAUGGACCCUGAGAAGGCCGCUUAGCACUGCUUUGCUUUUUGUCACUGGGAUGGAGAGGCCACCCACCAGCACAGUGGCCCGAGGUCUCUGAUUUCUGGCCAGGUCCCCUGGCUCCUGUCCUCUGGAUCCUGACCUUGGACAUCUUGGUCCAGGCCCCCUUGCCUGUGCACCCCCUAGGUGGCUCCUCACAGGCAGGCCCAACCCAUAGUAGCUCUCCCAGGGCAGGAGUGGGCUAGGAGCUCUUGUGCAGGGACCCCAGGUACCAGGACAGCAGCAUUCCUGCUGCACUUGAUGACCCAGGGUCGGUGCUCUGGCCCCCACCCUACACACGUCUCUGGAAGGGGCAGCCCUGAGAGGUCACUGGUCAGGACAGUGGCCAAGCCUGCUGUGCCCUUCUUCACGAGGUCCCCCCACCACUCAGUGUCAGCGGAUGACGUGUGUUAUUUGAGUCCUUGUAUGAAUAAAAGGCUGGAGACCUACAGAGACGAGACCUCAUGGA